GUAGUACAAUCUGUGUGUGGUAUAAAAGUAGGUACGACCGUUCGUAAUUAGGAGUUUGUUAUUAAAAAUAAGUACCUAUAAGAAUAAAACUUGUGUGCCGAAAGAAAACAAUAUUGAUAAUUAAGAAGCGCACGUUUUCCGAUAUUUGCGUUUUGUCGACGAAAAUCAUAAAGGAUUCAGGAAAAAUACUCGAUUUGCGUCGAUCGAGCGCGAACACUAUCGAAGUUCAAAAUAACGAGACGCUUCGAUUUCCUACCGUCAAUUAUAUAGGGGAAGAAGCCAGGAAAUUUGAAUAUGUUAUUGUCUCAAACGCACUUUUAAAUAUAAAUAAAUGAAUUGCGUUAUUUCUUAAAGGAAGGGAAAAACUCCGCUUAGUGAAAGUGACUAGAUUUUAUUGGCAAACAAGCGAGUGAGUAACAAGGAAAUAGAAUUUAUUUAGGUUUUGCAACGCACGCAUUCUCGCUUCGUCCUUUGACUGAGACGAUCGUAUAUUAUAAGAGCGGCACUAUUUUCGUAUUUGUCAAUUCUGUCUCGUUAUUAAUUAAGAAUGAGGGAUGAAUUUGCAUUUACCACUUCCAUGAAUACGGAAGAAUCGAAAGAAACGUGCAACGCUACGGAAGAGAUGAAAUACAAGGGAAUUCAUACAUCGACUAACGGCUAUUAUGGAUAUCAGUUCGUACAGGCAAACCAAACAGAAGAAAUUUGCGAAUCAAUGGAAAUACAGUACAACAACGCGGAUCCCGAUUCCGACAUACAAUUUAAUAAUUUUAUUCGUCCCGAAGACAGGUUAUGUUGCGAUCCGUUGGCCGCAAAUAUGCGCGAGCCGGUCAACAGGAAGCGACGUUUGAACUAUGACAACGCGGGCGAUUGUAAAAAACGGCGGGAAAGCGACAUCGUCACCGAUAAGGCAGCAACAAAAAAGAAAACAGAAAUCAAACCUCCCACCGACGAUCUAACCGAAACAUUAUUGCAAGAAAUCCACGGUUGCCCCAUCUAUCAUUGGCAGGAAGAGUAAAUAAGAAACAAGACAAUAUGCAUAAAUAAGUAUUUAAUUAGAACAUUUUGUACGAAAUAAAUAAAUUUUUUUUUUCA